UUGAACAAUUCUAAAUUCUAAAUUUUGCUGUAAUUUUACAUUAAAACGCAUAUAUUUUUUCACAAUGAUUUUAAUCUUCAUAGCUAUAAUUUUAAUUUUAACGUACGUGUGGCUUAAAACACGUUUUACUUACUGGAAACGCAAAAAAAUUCCAUAUUUGGAACCAGAUAUUCCAUAUGGUAAUUUGAAAGGUGUUGGAAAUACGGUUAUGAUUGGCGAACGAUUUCGAGAAUUAUAUAAAGCUGGAAAAAAAUUGAAUCAUCCAUUUGUUGGAAUAUAUAUGUUUAUAAAUCCGUGUGCUUUAAUACUAGAUUUGGAUUUACUUAAAAGAAUUUAUAUAAAAGAUUUUCAACACUUUCAUGAUCGCGAUAUUUAUCACAACGAAGAAGACGAUCCGUUAUCUGCUCAUUUAUUGAGUCUCACCGGAAUGAAAUGGAAAAAUUUAAGAUCAAAAUUGUCACCAACAUUUACUUCUGGAAAAAUGAAAUUUAUGUUCCCAACAGUACUUAAAGUUGGUGAAAAAUUAGUAGAUUUUUUAGAUGAAUCUAUUAGAAACAGCAAAACUGACAAAACAGAAUUGCAAAUGAAGGAAGUAUUUUCAUGUUUUACAACAGAUGUAAUAGGCACUUGCGCUUUUGGUAUUGAAUGUAAUAGUUUAAAAGACCCGCGUGCUGAAUUCAGAAAAUAUGGACGAAAAAUUAUUGAAGAACCGAGGAUCGGCGUGUUAUUGAGAUUAUUUGCAACAUUUUUUCCGAAUUUAUGUAGAAAAUUGCAUGUUAAAUCAGAAAGAGAUGAUGUUAGUGAAUUUUUUAUGAGUGCUUUAAGAGAAACUAUAGAUUUUCGCGAAAAGAAUAAUGUUAAACGUAAUGAUUUUUUGGAUAUGAUGAUUGAGCUUAAAAAUUCGCCAAAUGAGGAUGAACGUUUAACAUUUAAUGAAAUUGCAGCGCAAGCAUAUAUAUUUUUCUUAGCAGGUUUUGAAACAGCAUCAACUACUCUUGGUUUCUGUGUUUAUGAAUUAGCAAAACAUCCUGAAAUACAACAGAAAUGUAGAGAAGAAAUUGAAAACGUUUAUCGCAAGCAUGGUGAAAAAUGGACUUAUGAGGGUAUUAUGGAACUACAUUAUACGCAUAGAAUUGUUGACGAAACUCUUCGAAAGUAUCCACCAGUCGCCAUUAAUUUAAGGGAAGUCACUAGUGACUAUCUUGUAACAGAAACAAAUGAUAUCAUUGAAAAAGGUCAAAGAGUUAUUAUUUCUGUAUACGGAUUACAUUAUGAUGAAGAAUAUUAUCCUGAUCCAGAAAAAUUUGAUCCAGAUAGAUUUUUACCAGAAAAUAUUGCAAAACGUCCUCAAUUUACAUAUUUACCUUUUGGAGAAGGACCACGACAUUGUAUAGGAAAACGAUUUGGUUUAUUGCAAACUUAUAUUGGCUUGGCAUCUAUUCUAAGAAGUUUUAAAAUAACUUUUAGCGAUAAAACAGUGUCCCGUAUUUCAUACGCACCAAAAGCAUUUAUUUUAGCACCCAGUGAACCAAUUUUAUUAAAUGUAGAAUAUAUGUACUAUAACGAGAAAGACGAUCCAUUAUCUGCUCAUUUAUUGAGUCUCACUGGAGUUAAAUGGAAAACUUUGAGAUCAAAAUUCUCACCAACAUUUACUUCUGCAAAAAUGAAAUUUAUGUUCCCAACAGUGCUUAAAGUGGGCGAAAAUUUGGAAGAAAAGUUACAUAAAUCAUUAUAUGUUAUCGGCAGUUGUGUCUUUGGUAUUGAGUGCAAUAGUUUAAAAAAUCCACAAGCCGAGUUCAGUUUAUACGGAAGAAAAGUUGUUGAUGAGCCUAGAAUUGGUGUGUUAUUAAGAUUACUUGCAUUUGAAUUUUGUCCAAAUUUAUGUAGAAAAUUGCAUAUUAAGACAGAAAGAGAUGAUGUUAGUGAAUUUUUUUUGAAUGCUUUAAGAGAAACUAUUGAUUUUCGCGAAAAAAAUAAUAUCAAACGUAACGAUUUUUUGGAUAUUAUGAUUGAAUUAAAAAAUUCACCAAACGAAGAUGAACGUUUAACAUUUAAUGAAAUUGCGGCGCAAGCAUAUAUAUUUUUCUUAGCAGGUUUUGAAACAGCAUCAACUACUCUAAGUUUCUGUGUUUAUGAAAUAGCAAAGAGUCCUGAAAUUCAACAGAAAUGUAAGGAAGAAAUUGAAAAUACUUAUAAUAAAUAUGGCGACGAAUGGACUUAUGAAGGAAUUUUGGAACUACAUUAUAUGCAUAGAGUUGUAGAUGAAACUCUUCGUAAGUAUCCAGCAAUCUAUCUUAAUAUAAGGGAAGUAACUAGUAACUAUCUAGUAAGAGAAACAAACGAUGUGAUUGAAAAAGGUCAGAGAGCCAUAGUUCCAGUGUAUGGAAUACAUCAUGAUGAAGAAUAUUAUCCUGAUCCAGAAAAAUUUGAUCCUGAUAGAUUUUUACCAGAAAAUAUUGCAAAACGUCCUCAAUUUACAUAUUUACCAUUUGGAGAAGGGCCUAGAAAUUGUAUUGCAAAACGAUUCGGUUUAUUAAUAACUUAUAUUGGUUUAGCAUCUAUUCUAAGAAAAUUUAAAAUUACUUUUAGUAAUAAAACGGUACCGUGCAUUUCGUUUUCACCAAAAGCAUUUGUUUUAACUCCGAAUGAACCAAUUUUAUUGAAUGUUAAAAUUAUAUCAACGUAA